AUGGGAGAAAGAAAGAAAAUCAUGUUUGUCUGCUUAGGGAACAUAUGCCGUUCACCAAUUGCCGAAGCAGUAUUCAUCGACUGUUUGAAGCGGCGAGGGAAAUUGGAUGAAUGGGUUGUCGAUAGCAGCGCAAUCAUCGGAUAUCACACGGGAAACUCGCCCGAUCAGCGAGCCAUGGAAAUUUUGAAAAAGUUUGGAAUCACCGAUUAUAGGCAUCGUGCCAAAGUGAUCAGUGCUCAACAUUUCAAGGACUUCGAUUAUGUUUUCGGCAUGGAUGAUGAAAAUUUAAACGAUUUGAAAAAUGUUCGCGAUAAAGCAGGAUCCGAGGCGAAAGCAGUCCUUGGAUUGCUAGGAGAGUACGAUCCAGAAGGUGUUCGCGAAGUGCCCGAUCCAUAUUAUCAUUCAGGAUCGGCAAUGUUCGAAAAGGUGUAUCACCAAUGCGUGAGAUGUUGCGAAAAAUUCCUUGAUUCUCUAUAUUGUUGA